AUGGAAGGGGAUUUACCUUUUCGUUACUUGGGAGUUCCUCUCACGUGUAAAAGGCUUUCAACGCAUCAUUAUAUGAGUUUGGUGGACAAAAUUGUAAGCCGGAUUCGUCAUUGGAGCUCUAAAUUACUGAGUUAUGCAGGAAGACUUCAACUGAUUAAUAGUACCAUUGCUGCAAUUGCAACAUGCUGGAUGAGCUACCUCCCUUUCCCCAAGCAUGUGAUCAAAACCAUUAAGUCUAUUUGCAUGACUUUCCUGUGGACAGGUAGCGAUGUGAAAUCGAGAAAAUCCCCAAUUGCGUGGAAGAAUGUCUGUAAACCUCGGCGGAAGGGCGGUCUGGAUGUGUUGGACUUAUCAGAUUGGAACUCGGUUUGUUUAACAAAAUUGCUGUGGAACCUUUGCAACAAGAAGGAUACUCUUUGGGUGAAAUGGAUCCAUGCGUUUUAUUUCAAAACUACAGAUAUUAUGCAGGUCCAGGAAAAACAGGGUAUGUCGUGGAUUCUAAAAGUUGUUCUUAGACACAGAGUCAUCAUUAUUGACAUGGAAGAUUGGUAUGAAAUGAAGGAGAAAUACUAUGUGGGAAGAGUGUACCAGUUCCUAAAGAAGGAUGAUCCUGAUGUUGGAUGGAAACACAUGUUAUCCAACACUAUUUCUAGAACGAGAGCCCUUUUUACUAUGUGGAUGGCUUGCCAUCGUAGACUUGCGACAAGGGGACGGCUCAAAAGACUUGGACUUACGACCGACGACAGGUGUAAUUUCUGCGAUAAGGAGGAAACAAUUGACCACCUUUUAUUUGAUUGUCCACCAUUUAAAACCUGUUGGCAACAAAUCUUGGUGUGGUUGGGGUUUCAACAUUUACCGUGUGAAUGA